GCGUUGCUCUCAGUUUCCACCCGCCCAAUCCGAGCCGGGACUGAGAUCACGUGACGGAAUCUUGUUACCUGCGACAUCGCUUCGCUUUCGCUUGUGGCGGGACCCGAGUUCCGCUGCCGCGAUGAAGUGUGGGGGGCUGACGGGUGUCCAGCCGGCUACCGCAGAAACGCAGCAGGUUGUCGAUGAGGUGAAGCUUCAAGUGGAAGAAAAAGAAGGGAAGAAAUUUGAGGUCUUCACUGCUGUGGAGUUUAAAACUCAGCUGGUUGCUGGAAUAAACUACUUCAUCAAGGUCCAUGUUGGCAAUGAGGAGUUCUUGCACUUGCGGGUGUUCAAAAGCCUUCCUCAUGAGAACAGACCUCUGAGCCUCUCCAGUUAUCAGAGCAGCAAGACUAAGCAUGAUGAGCUGACUUACUUUUAGGGGCUCUUUGGAAGAUCCUCUCUCAAUUUCUUUUUAUACGCUACAAAGUGAUGUUUCCUAUACCAAUGAAUAGAAUGAAAAUGCAUUU